AUGAAGCUGGUCGCUUACUUCGUUCUUGCCCAGGCGCUGGCCGCCGUCGCCGCGCCGGCAGACAGCACUCUCCCAGCUCCCCCGAGCGGCACUGAGAGUUUGCCUCCACCGAGCGGAACUCCCCAAGGACCUCCUCCCUCUGGAGCUCCAUUCUCUGGCCCUCCUCCUUCCGGAACUCUUUUCUCCGGUCCUCCUCCCUCCGGCACCCCUCCAGCCUUGCCUUCCGAUGCAAACAACAAGAGGGCCGAGGAGAGCAGCCUUCCCGCUCCGCCAAGCGGAACACCUUCUGGACCUCCUCCAUCUGGAGUGUUCUCUGGCCCACCCCCGUCUGGCACUCCUCCUUCUGGGCCGCCUCCAACUGGAGCGUUCUCUGGUCCACCUCCCUCUGGCACACCGCCAUCUGGUGCGCCUCCUUCCGGAGAGCCACCAGCUGCCACAGACGCUGCCGUGAACAAGCGAGCGGAUGAGUCCAGCGCCCCUCCUCCUCCAUCGGACACCCCAUCCGGACCUCCUCCGUCAGGAACACAGCCUGCCGGCCCUCCUCCUUCGGGUGCGCCCCCAUCAGGAGCGCCUCCAUCAGGCACCCCUCCAUCAGGAACACCACCCUCGGGAACACCCCCAGCUCAGACUGACGGCGCUGCCAACGAGAAGCGCGCUGAUGCCACCAGCGAGCCACCAGCGCCACCCUCGGGCACUCCUCCCUCGGGCACUCCCCCAUCCGGUACUCCCCCGUCUGGCACUCCUCCCGCUGGUCCACCACCAUCCGGCGCUCCCCCUUCAGGAGCUCCCCCUUCAGGAACGCCGCCUUCGGGAACCCCUCCAACUGAGACCGGUGCCGCUGAGAACCAGAAGCGUGCUGAUGCCACCAGCGAGCCACCAUCGCCUCCUUCCGGCACACCCCCAGCUGGCACACCUCCUUCCGGCACCCCUCCCUCUGGAACUCCUCCCUCCGGUACUCCCCCAUCUGGUGCUCCUCCCUCUGGCACUCCCCCGUCCGGCCCUGAGCAGUCUGGUGCCCCUGCUGCCAACAACAAGCUCGCCGCCGCUGACGCCACCACCGUCCUCCCGCCAUCUGGAACUCCUCCCUCUGGAGCUCCUCCCUCUGGCACCCCUCCUUCCGGUCCUAAGCCCAGCGGCCCUCCCCCGAGCGGCGCUGCUCCCAGCGGCACCCCUCCUGCGCUGCCCACCGACGUCCCGACCACCCUGCAGAAGGUUCGCCGCGCCGACGAGACCAACCCUCCCCCUCCCCCUACUAGCACCGACUCUGUCCCACCUCCCAAGGAGACUCAGCCCCAGGGCACCGAUGGGGAUCAGUCUGGAUCUGGAUCUGGAUCUGGGGCUCCUGCUUCUUAA